CCCCGGAAGAGAAAAAUGGCAGCUCUCAGGUGCGGUUACGCGGCUGUGCUAGUUAUUAUUUGUAGUCUAUCAGUGUUUAUUGUCGCAGACAGUCGAGACAGGACACUAAAUGGUGGUCAUCAUGCCACUGCUGUCGACAAGCCACAAACAGUCACUGAACCUGCGGAACAAACCGCCGAACAACCUGCAGUGGAGGAAAGGCGGUGGGAAGCAACUGAGGUUGAAGAGGCAACUCCGGAUGAUGCUGCAACCGACAAACAGGACACUUCUGCCCCUGAAAACGUGGUCCCCUCAUCGGUACCACAGCCCAAAGAUGAUUUUCAGGAGGAACUGGUCAUCAGACCACUGCACUCGGGAGAUAUUUAUGCCAGCUUCCAGUUCCGCACCCUGUGGGAAACUGAUUUCAUAAGAGGAAACAAAGUGUCACACUACCGGCUAUUCCCCAAGUCUCUGGGCCAAGUCAUCUCCAAGUUUUCGGUGCGAGAGCUGCACAUCUCCUUCACACAGGGCUACUGGAGGACCAUGCAGUGGGGGCAGCCGUUUCAGCCAUCUCCUCCUGGGGCUGAGCUCUGGGUGUGGUUUCAGGACUCUGUGACAGAUGUGGAUAGCACAUGGAAGGAGCUGACCAAUGUUUUGUCGGGGAUCUUCUGCGCUUCACUCAACUUCAUUGACUCCACCAACACAGUUCAGCCCAGUGCAUCCUUCAAACCACUGGGUAUAGGCAAUGAGACAGAUCAUCGCUUCCUUCGCUAUGCCACCCUCCCACGAGAGAUUGUUUGCACUGAGAAUUUGACGCCCUGGAAGAAGCUCUUGCCAUGUGGAUCCAAGGCUGGUCUUGCUGUCCUGUUGAAGUCAGAGAAACUUUUCCACAGCAGUUUUCAUUCCCAGGCAGUGCACAUCAGACCUGUGUGUCAGGACUGGGAGUGCAAAACCACAUCCUGGGAGCUGAGACAGACACUGAAUGUGGUCUUUGACCUGCACACCUCUGCACAGGGCAAACGUGAGUGGUCUUUGUUUAAGAUGUUCUCUCGGACCCUGACGGAAGCUUGUCCACUUGCCUCCUCCAGUAAAAUCUACGUUGACAUCACAGACAACCCUCAGGGGGAGCAGUUUGAGGUGAGCCCAGCCACUCCCCUGCUGGGCCAGGCAGUGGUUCUGGGGGACAGACGAACCUUUUCCAUCUAUGAUCUGACCCAACAAAUCACCUUUGGUACUGUGCACUCCCUCAACCUACUGAUCCGCUGGAAAUCCAGUGAGGGUGACAUGCUGCGCCCCCUGCUUCACGCUGAGCGUUACGUGGCUGGCUAUGGGCUUCAGACAGGAGAGAUUCACACGCUGAUUUACAACAACCACCCUUUCAGGUCUUUCCCAGUGCUGCUGCUGGACUCGGUUCCUUGGUAUCUCCGUCUCUACAUCCACACACUCACCGUGACCAGCAAGGGAAAGGACAACAAGCCCAGCUACAUCCACUACCAGCCAUCCAAGGACCGUGUGAAGCCCCACCUGCUGGAGAUGCUGAUUCAACUUCCCCCCAACUCUGUCACUGAGGUCACAGUGCAGUUUGAGAGGGCGCUGCUCAAGUGGACUGAAUACACCCCAGAUCCCAACCAUGGCUUCUACGUUGGAUCUUCAGUAAUCAGCUCUCUUGUACCAAGUGUUGUCGCCAUGGAUACAAAUAUCACUCAGGAUCGCCCACUUUUCAGCAGCUUUUUCCCCUGUAAAGAGGAGUCCAGCUACUUUGUACGCAUCUACACAGAGCCUCUGCUGGUCAACCUGCCCACUCCAGACUUCAGCAUGCCUUAUAAUGUCAUCUGCCUGACCUGCACCGUGGUGGCCGUGGGCUACGGCUCCCUCUACAACCUCCUGACCCGCAGUUUCCAGAUAGAAGAGCCCAGCCCCGGACUUGCCAAGCGGAUAGCCAACAUCAUCCGGAAGAUGAGGGGCGUGCCGCCACUCUGAGGCUGGACAUGCAUGCCAGUUGACUCUGCUUUUAGAAGGGAACUUUUCCUUUUGGUGAAACCACUGGUGAUAUUCAGGAAGAACUGAGCACUGGUCUGAAUGUUUUUAAAACGGUCAACUUGAAGGUUUUGCUGGUAUUCUGGAAGAUUUUCUGCUGGCUAAGGACAGCAUAAAGAAAAUGUAGACAUUUGUUUACUUGGAUGGAAACCCAGAGUUUUGUUAUUGUCUAACAACCAGAAGGAACCAAAGCUUUGCAGUUUGCUGCAGUGGUAACUUCAUCAGAGAGUUUUUGAUUUUAUUGUUUGUUUCCAGAACAUCAUAAUAUCAGUGUCUCUGAGGCAUUUUGUUGCUGUGGGGCAGUGAUGGACAAAGUACACAACUCCAUUGCUUAGGUUGAAAGUUGUUGAGUCAGUUCAGUUAAAAUAUUGGCCUGCUUGAUUACAAAAGUAUACUAACAUAUUUUCUUUUUAAAUAUUUUUUUUUCUGUCCCAGCUACUGUUCUGUUCCUACUGACAGUACUCUGGUUAUAUGACAACAUUAAAACAUAUAUUUCUUGUAGAACUUCAGACAGUAAUGUUAACUCUGAAUUUAGCUAACUAUUGUAUACGUCAACAGUGGGUUCAACAGGACCCAGUUGCAAUACCACUACUUGGCAUGCAGAUACAUUAAAAUGUAAUUUGAUUUGACCAGCCACAGCAUAAAAACUGCAACUAGCACAAGCACAAACAACUCAUUUAAAAUGUCUCAACCCGAUUUGCUUCUCAGGUUGAAUGGGAAAUCUUUCUAGGCAGUGAUUUAUCUUUAUCUGUCAUCAUCACCGCCAAGUUCAAAUUGCAGCGCUCAAUAAAUGAAGCAAGCACUUUUGAAUCUGGCUGACAGGUGUAAGAGGAGCACUUUACUGUGAUUGGCUUCUCUCCUCUGACAAACACACCUUAUGGCCUACUGCAGUUUAGAAAAGAGAAGAAAAUCUGCGUUUGCAAGUAUCUGAACAACAACAACAACAAUAUUUGUGUUUCAAAUGUAAUGGAGUAACUGUCAUACGUUUACAAAAAAAUAAUAGCCAGAUGAAGUACACAUACUGGACUGUACUGAAGUUAAGUACAGUUUUCAAGUAAAUGUACUUUGUUUCUGUCUGCUCCUGCUGUGAUAAAAUUUCCACAGAUAUCAGCCUGUUGACCUCACACAUUAUAAAGCCUCAGAGCUCACAUGGGAAAAGGAAGAUCAUCUUUGUUCUCACACUGUGUCCCUGACUUGUUGAUUGCUGUCUCCAUGCCAGGAAAGAUAAACUAACUCAGAAUGUCACAUUUGCUCAAAUCUCAGUUAUGGCAGUGGCAUUAAAUAACUCUAAAGUAUGAGUGCAGAGAGUACAGAGUGAAAAUCCAGAAGCAUGUCAUCUUUAUUUAAUGUUUCAUUUUCAUUUCUUUUAUCUGAGACAUGUUUUAUAUGUGAAAUAUAAAUAUAUAUGUGAAAAGAACACAUGGCAACAAAACUGCUGAAAAGUUACCAAAACAGUUUAUUUUUGUUAUUAGUUUCUGACACAAGUCUGAGUUAGGCAUGAGCAAUUAAAUCACCCUUCUGGAACAACAGAACUCUCCACUUAGCAAACAUUUAUUUUGCACUGCCUGGUUGUCGGGUGCAUGCUUGAAUGUUAAUUGCGACUGUCUGCAGGUCUCUUCACAAUUAAUUGCCUUUAGUUUGUCAGGUUUCAUUCGGUGG